AUGAAUCAGCAACCACUUUACCCGGGGCCUCGACAGCCUCCGCCGCUCUCAAAUGGUGAUUACAACUCUUCUGCUGCCAACAGACCGGUGACGAGGCAACCGGAACAGCAGGAAUCCACCCAGUCUCGUGCGGCGCGUUUUGAAGAUGAAAAGCGGCGCAUCAUCGAGAGCUGCUUCAACAAAAGAGACCCUGAUGGCAUGCAACUCGAGUCGUACAUCACACACGUCCGAGUUCUCGAAGAUGGCUCCUAUCCAUCAUCGCCUCCUCCACCCGACUCUCCCGAGGCUAACAAGAAAAACAGAGUCAUUCUGGUCGCGGUCCGAAGGUCCGGCAAGGUCAGAGUCCACAAAGCCCGCGAAAACGCCAAUGGCACUUUUUCAAUCGGCAAGACCUGGAAUUUAGACGAGCUCUCUACGAUCAUAUCAUACUCGGGCUUGACGCCCACUACACCCCAGCAGCAGAUGGAAAAGCAAUGGGCAUCAAAUACCGGCUUCACCAUCUCGCUUGCGAAGCCGUAUUUCUGGUCCGCACCCACCCCUAAAGAGAAGGACUUUUUCAUUGCCAGUCUGAUCAAAAUAUAUCGAAAAUACACCGGUGGAAAGGUCCCAGAUCUCGUCGGCUUUACGCCACAGGAGGUAACGCAGUUGAUUGGAGUACCAUCGAUUCAAAAUACUCCCACUCAAAAGACCGCCUUCUCCCCCAUCAUGCCACCUGAUCGCUCGACUCCUUCAGCCGCGCCAUCUGUACCCGCACUUAGUGCCAACCGACCACAGUCCCCAUACACAUCUCAGGCCUCUCAGAGUAGAGAUGGCAAUCGUUUCGACGCGCAGGAUAACCGCGCCUUCCUGCGUCAAGAUUAUCGACCCACCACUCGAGAUGGGCCACGUCCACCAUCUCAGAGCGAAAACAGAACUCCGGGAAGGCCAGAUAGGGGAACUCCAGUACAAGAGAGUCCUCGCGCUCAGCCAUAUGGUGCCCAUCUCAGACGAGACGAUGCUCGUACUCCAUCGCUCUCUGACAGUUUACAACCCACACAGCCACGGCCGUCGAUCAGUCCCAGGGCCUCACAAACAUCACUUCAGCGCAAUGACCCAUCUCUUGAGCCACCGCCUCUUAAACCGAAUGGGUCUGGAGUUGCAAAACCGGCCGGAUUGGAUCUGUCCGCGAAAAGGCUGGGGCCUGCGGCAAGUCAGGAUUCGUUCCGCAAUGGCCCUGGCAGCGAUACAUUCAGUUCGAGGCCGAGUACUGCAACUUCUGAUCACAAGAUUUCAGGAGCAGCACCUAGCAUUCCGGCGCUUGAUUUGGAAUUGUUACCAGACGGGAAGAAGUCAAGGUUAGGUACAUCGAAUUUGAAAUCGGAGAAACCGGGUCCCCUGAGUCAAACCAACAGCACCUUUGUAACCUCUCUGGGAACACCAAGUGGUAUGAAGGAGGAAGAGCCACCGCAACGAGAGCCGAACUAUUUGGUCUCGAAGAAAUCUCAGCAAGAGGUUAAACAACCGGCGAACGACAUUGGACCACCCAAGCCCGCUAUCAACGAUCCCAUCGUGCCAGAGCCUGAGCCAUCCAAAAUAACAAACGAGCCUGUGACGGCUGAGCCAACGGAAAAUGAACCUCCUCCAAAAGUUGAAGAAGAGCAUCGGCCCGGGCUAGGCCCGAUGGUUAAGAAGAAAUCAGGAAAGGACAUUGCCAAUCAAUUCCGAAAAGCCGCUCUUGCCGCAAGCGUAUUCCAACCUCGCCAAGGCGGUGCUGGUGCUCGGUUAAAAGCGAUGCAAGAGAAACAGUCGAAUGAGCCCGAUGGCAUCACGAGUGUCGUUCCAGCACCAUUGCUAAGAGGCAUGAGUUCGGACAGCGCAAGAAGCGGAACUCCUGAGUUAGCCAGUCCCGGGAUCGAAAAAGACCAGCCAAUUCCCAAACCAUUAUCAAGCGAUGCGGUUCCAAGAGUUCAAAUCGAACGGACCGCCACUUCAGAUACCGUCCCCAGAGCUGCGGGGACUCCUGCGCCCGCUGCUGUCCCUGUGGGCCCUGAUUCCCCUAAAAAAGAAGCCAGAGCAGAAUCCCCUGACAAAGCCCGGUCUGGUUCUCCUCAGAGAAAACGUCGACAAAGGCUUGAGGCAGAAGUCGAAAGAAACUGCGCGGCUUUGGGAAUUGAUCCACGCAUCGUGGAUGGACGUGGAGCAGAUUUCAACGAGCUCCUUACCGAAUUCGGAUGGGACGGAAAGCUUUCCAAUCAGCAAAAGGUGGAAGAUUUCGAGACCGACAUUCGCCGGGAAAUCGGUCGUGCUCAGGCAAGCGGCUGGCUCGGGCAUGUGGAGCAACAGGAGAACAAAGUGCAAGAACUCGCUAGAGCUUUCGACAAAGCAAUUGCAGAGUGCGAAGAACUGGACGGGCUGUUGACCCUGUACGCUCAUGAGCUUGACACCCUUCAUGACGACAUUGAAUACAUCGAAGCUCAAGGCCAAGGAUUGCAAGUGCAGACCGCCAACCAGAAAUUGCUUCAGGCCGAAUUGCAAAGUCUCUUGAAAACUUUGACGAUAUCUUCUGGAGAUCUUCGAGCAUUGCAAGCUGCACCCAUCGAUAAUUUUGACGGUGUUCAGGCCAUUGAACGCUCCUUGGCUUUGCUUUACAGGGCAAUGCUGACGAUCGAUCCAGAAAUUCGCCAAAAUAAGCUGCGUCAGGCAGCAGCUUCAGCUACGAAUCGAAUUGGUGUUGGUGUUUAUGCCGACACAGAGAUUUGUCGCAUGAGGGCAGUCCAACAGAAGAAGGAGGAGUACCAACAGGAGAGUAUGAUGUUCGUGAAUCGAUUCAACCAACACAUGAAAUCAAUGUUCCAGAUGGCCGAACAGCGCGCGAGCGAGGAAGCCAGCGCACCGAGCUUUUCAUCGGCAACAUCGCUCCCACUCAAUCUCCAAGCAAAUAAUACCUCAAGACAAGAACUUUGGGUGUAUAAUACCAUGAUGCUCUUCGUACGAGAAGUCAAUCAGUAUGAAUGGCAAACAUUGAUCAGCAGUUACGAAAUCAGUGUAAAGAGCAUUUAUCAGGAACAGUUCCGAGACUACGUGAUGAGUCUCAGAAAGACAGUCAGAAGGCCGACGGGAGAGGAACAGGAAAUUCUCUUCACCCAUCAGGAAAAGGAAAAGGCGGAAGAGUCACUUACUACCACGGCUGCACGAAAGCUGACUGUGAAACGAGGUAAAACAGUAAAGGCCAGUACGUUGAGACAGCCAAUUGGCGGCAAGCAAGACGGUAAACCCGAUGCAUGGGCCGUAUUCGAUACCGUACUCGAACAGCAAGCCAUGGCCAUCUCGGAAGAACAGAAUUUCAUUGUCCAAUUCUUCCACCUGGAUUCGCAGUCAAAUGCCGACUUUGCUGAGGUGAUUCAAUCACCGCCUCCCGAACAGCGCAAACUGCCCAAUUUACAGACGAAACAAGCUUAUGAUCCAGACCGUAACAUGGCCAAAAUUGUUCAAAACGCCACAGAGGGAAUCUAUUCGUCUUGGCCCACUGACCUGCAAGCCCUGGUGGAGUGGGUUUUUAAAAUGGAUCAACUGCAAGGUGUUGGUGUUCUUGUCUCUCUCGAGCAAUGUUUGGCCAAAUAUGAGGAGACCAACCAAGAGUUCAUCACUCGGACGGUCCGGACUCUUCAUGAAAGACUGAUAGGCCUUUUCCACAAAUUCGUCGAAGAGCAAGUCAAGGCUAUCGAGGAAACCAAGGUCAAGGUCAAGAAGAGAAAGGGAUUAAUCUCGUUCAUGAGGGUUUUCCCAGAAUUUACGGCGGCGGUAGAGGAGAUGAUCCCACAAGAAUUCGCACGCCAUGAGUCGCUUGAAGUGCGCUUCAUAGUCAAUGAUGCAUAUGGGAAACUUCUCAAAGCUAUGUGGGAAUCUGUCAACUUCAUCGCCAAAGAUAGCCCAACCAGUUCUGGUGGAGCAGUACACUCCAAUGCGCCUUCGAGUGGUGACCCGGAGGACAAGGAAGCGUUGAACUAUCACAUUCUCUUGAUUGAAAACAUGAAUUACUUUGUGGACGAAGUCAAGACUCAUAACAAUGUGAUUCUGGAAGAAUGGGUGGACCGAGCUUCUCGCGAUCAAUUCAUGCAUUUGACUCAAUACACUGAUGCAGUUAUUCGACGACCGCUUGGCAAAUGGUUAGAUUUCUUGGAAAGCACUGAAGCAUUGAUGAAAUCGAGCGAUUCAUACGCCAACAUUGCGAGCAAACCUAGCCAUUCUCGAAGUUCGGCGAAGAAGAUCCUUGCGGCUUAUGACGCAAAGGAGAUCCGAAAAGGAGUGGAUACGUUGAAGAAACGGAUUGAAAAGCAUUUCACUGAUGCGGAUGAGCCGACGACUUCGAGCAGGAGUUUGAUCGGUCGGGUCUUUGAUGAGUGUGCGGUUCGAUAUGCGCACGCACAUGAUAGGAUGAAGAUUGUGAUUGAGCGAGUUUACGAUUCGAGUCUGGACAUAGAUUGGCGCAAGGAGGAUACUACUGCUAUGUUUAAGAGAUGA